UCUGUGCUGUGGGCACAAGAGGGAAAACAGGUUCAACACGAUUUGCAUGCCUGAGAUCAUAUAAACAGUGCGGAGCAGCUGCUCGGGGUUCACAAAGCUUGACUUUCCUCCUGGUUUCACAGGAGAUUUUGACUUUGCUCUGUGGAGAAUGACCAUCACGAACUUCUCAAUUGAAUAUGAUGCCAUCAACAGCAGGAACAUCUUCACAAAUGGAGAUACCAUUAAUGGGAGAAUCAUUGUGGAGGUGUCUAAGGAAACUAAAGUCCAGUCUCUUGUUUUUAUAGCACAAGGAAAAGCUCGUGUCCGCUGGACUGAACAUUACGGGCAGUAUCAUACUCAUGUGUACUGGGCUGAUGAGAAAUAUUAUGAUGUCAAACAUCACAUCUUGAGAGAGUCAAGACAAGAUGGAACUGAAAUCAUUGGUAAAGGACGACAUGUGUUCCCUUUUUCCUUCCAGAUUCCCGACAGAAAAAUCCCAUCAUCUUUCAAAUCCUGCAUUGGCAAGAUUGUUCACAAAGUGAAGGCAGAGCUUAAACAAUCAAUGAAGCUGACAAAAAAGACCAAAACACACUUCACAUUUGUGUCCAAAGCUGACAUGGAUAUUCCAGGACUUCUGGACCCUCAGUAUGGUAGCAAGGAUAAAUCUGUCAAAGUUUUCGGCUCUGGGAACAUCUCAAUGGAUAUUCAAACCAAGCGGAUGGGAUACAAGCAAGGUAGGGAUCUAAAGGUCAUGGCUGAAAUCAGCAACCAAUCAAGUCGUUCAGUGAAGCCCAAAUUCAUACUGUACGAGAAGCAGAGUUUCUUCGCCCAGGGUCGCAGGAGAGUUAGCACAAAUGAGAUCCUUAAGGAGAAGGUGGAGGCUGUUGAACCCUCCAGGAAAGAGACUGUGACCAAGGUGAUCACCAUCCCCAGAGAGCUACCUCCCUCCAUCUUGAACUGCUCCAUCAUCAAGCUGGAGUAUAGACUGAAGGUCAUUCUAGAUGUCAAACUUGCUUCAAACCCUGAGAUCAAACUCCCUAUAGUCAUCCUACCUGAGCGCCCUGCUGAGAAACAAAUGCCUCCCUCUGCAGGCGUUGGAUUUGAAACAUUUGGGAACCAAAACCAAGCAGCCUGGAACAUGGUACCACAACCACAAGCAACACUUGGAGCUCUGGAUCCCCCACCUCCUUACGGAGCAUAUCCAAAUUACCCCUCAUUUACCGAUUACAGCAAAUGAAGCUCAGCGUAAGUUCAAUCAGGAAUCUUUGUGCUCAUCCAUUCACAAUUCUCUCCAUCCCACUCCCACUGCUUCCUCUAAUCUGCUGACUAUGGGCGUUCACUCUUCCAGUUGUCCAAUCAAACUUUGCCACGAUCUCUAUCAGCCAAUCAGGGUGCUACUGCCAAAUUUUAAAUCUGCUCUCUCCUCUGCUGCUGUCAGCUGUCAUUUUAGGCAGAAUUGUUGCGCCCUCCUCCACCCUGUUCACCUCCAGCCAUCGUAUCCAGAGUCAAGGACAAGCUCAACAAAGGCUCAUUCCUCUACGCACUUCUCCAUCUUCCUCUCAUCUCAUCUUCACCACCUCUACCACCACCAGUGUCUAGACCCUGUGGGGUUCCCUAUACAACCAUGGAUUCAUCACCCUCCUUAAAUCAUACCAUCUCUAUGGGGUCUAAUUGCCAAAGACUUUCCACAUUUUUCAUUCUUAUGUGCAGAUUCUUUUUACUAUAUAACUCUCCUGAUUGCAAUAAGGUUAAUAAUUCACAGCAGCAGGCUACAGCAGGCUCACGUCUUAAACUCCACUGCCACAGAUUUCUUUGCUUUAUUCAUGUAGUCUGCAGCCCCAACCAAAGUUUUACAUGCAGCUCCCUCUGGAGCCAGAAAAAAAUAUCGACUUUUCAGCUAUGCUAUGUAGCUGAUCUGCUGUCAAACCAUGUCUUUUUAGUGUAAAAUGUCCAGCAUUGCCUGCAGGUACACAUUGUUGUGUAUGCUUAUGUUUGUAAUAUUUUUAGCUGUGUAACUGAAGAUGCUUUGAAUAAAUAGUUGAUAUCUUUGUGUAAAAAUAGUAAUCAUAUGAUUCUUGGUCCGUUCCCAGUCGCGUCGGUGCCAUUUUUAAACCGUGAACUGAAUUCCAUGUGUCGGAAUGUUAUGUUCACACUAACUAAAUGUUCAUCAGCCUGCUCAAAGGAGCUGUAUGCAACAUGCAGACCAUAUCCCCCCCUCUCACUUAAAAUCAUGAAGUCUAAAAUCAUCUUUUAAGAAAAGAUCCUUUGGCCAGUGUGGAGAUUUUGCACAAAAUCUAUUUUAAAGCAGAAAAUUGAGCCUGCAGCAUCUCCUAGCAAACGGACUGUGGCCAAGGUGAUCACCAUCCCUCGAGACAAACUGCCCUCCAUCUUGAACUGCUCAAUCUCAAAGCUAGAGUACAGGCUAAAAGUAAACAUCAGCAUGUUACGGUCAGCUUAAAAGUUGUUGAACGUGUACUGACUCUUACUCUUUUACCCUUAAAGCAGAUGCAAUUUCAUUAUAUUUCAUUGCCAAGUUGUUCUACAUAUUUCUUUGAUCAAAUAUCCUGUAAUGAAACAGUCAGUUGGGAUUGUUUUAUGCAUGCCGAACCAUCUUCUAGGGAGCAGGACACUUUCUAGCGUAUAAAGUCAUCAAUACAGGAAAGACAUAUGCUCUAAAAGGACGCUUGGUCCCUUCCUUUAUCAUCGAUAUUGUAUUCCUGCCAUGUGUAAGCCCUGUGUCAUCCCCCUAAUUAAGAUUAACAGUAUAUCAUGUUAUCCGAGUCAGCAGCAAUAUUGACCUCAUGUUUGUUUCUACUGUCUCAUAAUAAAUACUUAACAUAUAAUAUUGUCAGUGAACAAAUAAGCAGAAUAAAUCCCAUAUUUUUUUUUAGUGCUGUACUGUGGUUUUUACAUUGUUUCAAUAAGAAUUACAGAGGAAUACCAGUUAAUUUGCACACACUGUUAUAAUCGUUUGUCUUAGUGGAUCCAUGAUGCCAGUCUUAAUUCAUUUGGCCUAAUUUCGCCUGCAAGGCAGCUGGCUAGAGUUACCUGCGUGAAAGUGACACCUGCAGCUCUUGGUCAUGUGAUCAUGUGUGACACAGAUACAGCUUUUGGACAAGUUAUCUGCUACAGUGCAGAUGCUAGCCUCGCCUGAUCCUUGUUCAUCAAAGAGAGGCCCCACUUCAUGAGGUAUUUUUGCACAAAAGGAGGAGUCCUGUCAUGACUGUUAAGCAUCUCUCUGUGGAUUACAACAAGGUGAAUGAACGCGGCACCUUUUCUCCUGGGGACGUCCUCUCUGGCAGGGUGACAGUGGUGACCAGCAAGGAAACCAAAGUGCAGUGUUUUCUGGUCAGAGCCAAAGGAAAAGCUAAGGUGACAUGGCAUGAGCAACAAGGACGAACCAGAGAGACACACAGCGACAAGAAGAAAUACUUUUAUUUUGAACAUAUUAUUCUUCAGGAUAAAAACAAAGGAGAUGGUUCAGAAAUCAUCCGCCCUGGAAGAAAUGUGUAUCCAUUCACCUUUGUGAUUCCAAAUACAGAUAUGCCUUCAUCUUACGAGGGGAAAUGGGGCAAAAUCACAUAUACUUUGCGAGCACAGCUGACUCAGUCAAUCUGGCUCGUCCACAAAACCAAAAUUGAGUUUCCUUUUCUGACCAAGUCUGAGUUCCCCUUUGCCUCCAAAUCAGACAUGAUAAUCAUCGGACUUAAGGAGCGACACUAUGCAACCAGGAUUUCAUUUUAUGGCUCUGCAAAGGUUACUAUUAAUGUUACCUCUGAAAAAAUGGGAGUAAAGCAAGGUGAUGCAGUGGGAGUCUCUGUGGAGGUACUCAAUGAAUCUGCACGCUCAGUAACACCCAAGUUCUACCUGUGUGAAAAGCAAACCUUUGUAGCUCAGUCAAAGAGGAUAGUACACACAAACGACACCCUCUUUGGGACGGGAGACUCAGUUGCAGCUGACAGCAGUCGGACCAUAACCAAAGUCCUGAGUGUCCCCCCACAGCUCCACCCUACCUUCUUCAACUGCAGCAUGAUGAAGCUCGAGUACAGACUCAAGGUCACUCUCGAUGUCCCUCUGGCAAGAGACUCGGAGAUCAAGCUUCCUCUGGUCAUUCUGUUGGGUUCACCAAAACCACAUCAACAAAAACCAAAGAGAUCCAUCUGGUUUAGAAAAUUCCCUGGUUAAAAAUAUGCAUUGGAUCAGCUGUUUCUCAAACUCUGUCUGUCGUGUUCCCCUUUCAGAAGCUGAAAUCCCACAAUUUUUGAUCAAUUAUUAACAAUACUUGGGGAAACAACUGAUAAAAAAAAGAUUCAUGUUGCAUUUCAGUAAAAUAAAGGUCAGCAUGACA